AUGGAUUUGAAAGAAUUGUCUGAUGCGUACAUGCGGGGUGAUUUCGACAGCAGUUCUGAUGAGGAAAAUGAAGGCCAAAGAAUAGUUGUUGGCAUAAUGAACGAGAUUCAUCAAAGUCAGACAAGGAAUCAAAGAAAGCAUGGUGGUACCUCUUCCAGCCGCCGUCACCUUCCUAGAGAUCACGAGGCAGGUCACCGUCAAUUAAUGGCAGACUACUUCAAUCCUGGUUGUUUGUAUCCCCCAGAAAAGUUUCGUAGAAGAUUCUGGAUGAGACGGUCUCUCUUUGAUCGCAUUCUCGAAGAGGUAACUAAUGCUAACAAUUACUUUCAACAGAGAGCAGAUUGCAGAGGUCAACCUGGGUUUACUCCUCAUCAAAAGGUUACCGCAACAAUGAGGAUGUUGGCGUAUGACAAUGCUGCUGACGCUCUUGAUGAAUACCUUCGAAUGGGAGAGAGCACUGCAAGGGAGUGUUUGAAGAAAUUAUGUGACACUGUCGUGCGCAUCUACGAAGCAGAAUUUCUUAGAAAACCAACACAAGAGGACAUUGACAGGCUCCUGCGAAAAGGUGAGUCCCGUGGCUUUCCUGGUAUGCUUGGUUCAUUAGAUUAUAUGCAUUGGGAAUGGAAAAAUUGUCCUAGUGGUUGGCAAGGACAAUUUGUUGGCCAUUACCACCGUCCAACUAUUGUCCUCAAGGCAGUAGCCUCGUAUGACACUUAG